AAUUCACAGUCGAGGAAUAAUUUAACAUCUAUUUCAAAAGAUUCUUCCUCAAAAGUAACUUCUGUAGAAACUGAUACAGUCGAGGGAAGAAGUAUGACAGAAAAAUUUAAAAUAUUGACAAAAAAAUAUGGAGUAUCAGCUAUAGUAGUAUAUUUAGUAAUUUCAGCAUUGGAUUUAGGACUAACAUUUAUUCUUAUCCAAAUUGGUGGAGCUGAUCGUGUUAGAAAAGUUGAAGACUGGUUUACGGAAACUUUUGGUAGUUGGAUCGUCUUACGAAAAGAUCCUAACACUAAUACACCUAAAACUGACAAUACUGAGAAUGACACUGCUGUUAAUGGUAAUAAAUCUAAUAAAACGCCGUCGUGGGCUAGCACGUUAGUUAUUGCUUAUGGUAUACAUAAACUAUUAGUUCCUUUUAGAUUAGGAGUAACCGCUGCUGUCACUCCUCCUAUAGUUAAAAAAUUAAAAAGAAUGGGCUGGAAUAUUGGUGGAAUUACAUUCUUCCAAUACAUUCGUCAUAAUUUUCGAGUCCCAUCCAAACAACCAAAUCUAUAUUUUUUGGUAAUACCAAAAAAAAGUAACUUUUGA